GCAGCUGGCCGUGUGGGGCCGGGUGCACACCAUGACCUACGAGUUCGUGCCCGCGGAAGAGCACUGGGACGCCGAGUCGCCGCCCACCGCCGCCACGGCCUCCAGCUCCAAGGCCACCCGCUUCGUGCCCACGCGGUUCGACUGCCUCGUGCACCGGCACGUGCAGGCGGCGCUGGCGAUCGAGGCCCUCGAGACCCCGGCGGCGCCCGGGCGGCGCGGGCCCGGCGCCGGCCGAUGCUCUGCCGGGGGCGCCGAGGACACCGGCACGCCGCCCUCUCCUGGGGGCGCCGAGCUGACGACGAUGCUCCAGCUGACCUCGGCGCUCCGAGGCGUCUGGGAGCACCUCCGAGAGGCGGAGGGCGCGCUCGGCGCGGAGCGUCCAGACGACGGCAUCUUCCACUGCAACGCCCUGACGUCCCUGGUCCUGCGUCAGCUCUCGGACCCCCUCGCGGUGUGCACAGGCUCGGUGCCGGCGUGGUGCAGCAGCCUGGCGGCCGCGUGCCGCUUCCUCUUCCCGCGCACCGUGCGGAGGAGCCUCCACCAGAGCUGCAGCCUGGGCGUCGGGCGGGCGGCCCACCACCUCCAGCAGCGCGUGCUGGCGCAGCACGCACACAGCCCGGAGGCGCUGAGGCGCCUGGAAGGAGAAGUCGCUGUCGCCAGUGUCCCCCGGCAGAAGGUCCGCAUAUCAAGGCAACAUAUCUUGGAGAGUGCCAUCAAGGUGAUGGACCUCUACGCGGCGGGCAGCACGAUCCUCGAGGUGGAGUACUCCGGGGAGGUGGGCACGGGCCUGGGCCCUACCCUGGAGUUCUACGCGCAGGUCGUGGAGCUGCUCAGGGCCUCGGAGCCGCGCCUCUUCCGCCAGAGCGCCCCGCUCGGCCUCCUCUUCCCGGAGCCGCACGCGCCGGUGACCUCGCCCGGCGGCGACUGCCAGGUGCUGGCCAUGUUCCGGCUCCUGGGGCAGCUGGUGGCGAAGUGCAUGCUGGACGGGCGCUUGGUGGACCUGCGGUUGCACCCGCUGUUCUGGCGGAUGGUUCUUGGCGGCGAGUCGGUGUCGCGGUGCGCGCUGCGGGACGUGGACCCGGAGCUCUUCGCGCGCGUGGACGGCCUGAGAGCCAUGAGCGCCGAGUCCAUCGAGUCCCUCGCGCUCGACUUCACGCUGCCCGGCCACCCCGACAUCGAGCUGAGGCCCGGAGGGGCGGACGUGCGACUCGGCGCCGAGAACGUGGACGAGUACGUGGCCCUCGUGUCGCAGGUGUCCCUGGUCUCCGCCUGCGCGGCGCAGGUGGCCGCCUUCCGCGAGGCCUUCGCGCGCGUGCUGCCGCUGGAGGCGUGCCGCGUCUGGUCGGAGGAGGAGCUGUCGACCCUCAUCGCGGGCGCCUCGGCGAGCGACGGCGCCUUCUGGACCGUGGAGCACAUGGAGGCCCUGCGGCGCCACGCCGAGACGCGGCCGGAGCAGUGCCUGGUUUUGGCCCCACGCUGCACGGCGGCGGGCAAGCGGGGGGCGUCCGAGCUCGAGCCCGCCCUUCCCCGUGAUGUCUCCUGUGGUGUCGUUUUCCUCGCGGCUGCGGGCGGGCGUGGGAGGCGUUCUGUGGAUCGCAUCCAGGACAUCGCGGCUGCGGCUCCGCCGCGGGUGCUGGGUGCCGUUGCAGAGGCCACGGUGCUGGGCACCACUGGCGUCUAG